UUGUACGCACAACGCACUAAAACAUUUUCGACCCUCCGCAUCGAGUCAUUAAACCUUCCCUCUCUUUAUUGUUUUCCCUCGACCCUCCGUCCCAAGUCCCCCCUGUCUCUCUCAAUUGCACCUUCUCUCAAUUGAAACCUUCAUCGUCCCUCAUUCCCAAGUUCCCCGAUCAAAUUCUAUGCAGCUUAAUUGGUUGAAUCAACCUCUUAACUCCUUUAGGUUUUAUCGUCUCCUAACUUCUAGGCUUUCUAAAUUACUCGAAUAAAUUUUAGGGUUUAGUAUUAUUGUUGACCAAUCAAAGAAAGAGGAAGCAUUGAAAGACAAAUGUUUCAUUUAAAACCCUGGAUUUUGAUUUUCGGGAAAACCUCGAGCGAUACAAGUUCAUCACUUCACUCACUUCAGUCUUCAAUUCGCCAUUGCGUUCAACAAUCAGCAGGUUUGUUUCCAACUCUCGUCCUUUUUUUCAUUAAAUUUUUAAAAUUUAAUCUGAUUUUCUAUUUUAUUUGAUUCGUUUACUUUUUUACAGUUUUGCAAUUUUGUUAUCUUCUUGGUUUUUGUUUUGUGUGUUUAUGAGGUUUGGCAAGUUGAGGGAUGGAAGGACUGUUCGUUUCCAGAUUAGAUGGUGGAUCAGCGGCCUUGAUGUUUGUGUUGCUACUAGACAUUGCUGUGAUAAAUCAUUGUCUAAGAAGAAACGCAAAGCUGAUUUAUCACCAAUGAAGUUUACAUUUGCAAGGUCUAAUCCAGACGAAGAGAAAGACACUUUUGAUCGAUGGUAUGUUUUUUCAUUAUUCUCCUUUUAUAUGAUAUGAUUAUUUCUGUCUUUUUUUAAUUUAUUUUUGUUUACUUUUCUAAGGAAAUUGAUAGAGCAAGAAAUUAAGUCUAUUAGUCUACAUGUAUUGUCAGCUUAUUCUCAUUUACAUGAAGUUGUUAGUAACCUCAAUGAUUAGCAUCAAAGAGACAUUAGGGAAAUUGGUUUUGACAGUCUUCUAGAUAUUAGGAUAAAGAAGUUUUGUUCGAAUCUCUAUUUGGAGUUGUUGUUGAACUACAAUGCUUCUGGAAUGAUGUAUAUGAUGACAAAGAAUGGGAAAAUAAUUUUUAAUAAGUUUACCAUUAGGGAUGUGUUGGGUUUACCUGUAUCAGAUAAAGCAGUUGAGGUGAUUGAUGAUGAUGCUUUUAGGAGGAAAGGUAGUCGGGUUGAGGCAGGAAGUGCUAAGAGGGAUUGGCAUAGGUUGCUUGAUGUUUCUGAUCCUAAGAAGCCAUAUAUUAGUAAAAAAAAUUGGGAUGAUUUGUUUAAGAAGUAUCAAAGUGGGGAUGAUUUUAAGAAGAUGUUUGUUAUUUUCUCCUUAUCAAAGCUCCUUUGUCCACGUGUUGAUUUAGAGCCUGCCUUGAAGUGUGCAAAAAGUUUGGAAGAUGUAACUAUGAUUUCAAGUUACGAUUGGUGUGGAUACGUGUUACGUAGUCUUUGUAUUGCUGUCUUGGACUGUCAUCAGAAUAUAAUGAUGAGGAAGAACGAGUUGGGACAGAAGAAAGUCACAUUUAAGCUCCGGGGAUGCAUGAGUGCUCUGGCUCUUGUUGUUAUUCACAACUUCAAGUGUCGCAAUCUUGAUUUCUCAAAUGUGAGUAUGCCAUUUAUCACUUAUUGGCAGGAAGAUAAGCAAUUGACUAGUGUUGUGAAGCAGUUUGAGAUGAACAUGGAUUUUAUUCUGCCAGUGAAGCGUGAAAAAGACAAGGAGAAAGAUGGCAGUAGAGUACUUGAGUUUAAAGCUCCUAGUGUUAGUGCUGCUAGUGUUAUAAAGUCUGCUUCUCCUACAAUAAAGGUGGUUGAGGGUCCAUCACCUUCAACUAGGCAACUUGUUAUGGAUCUACCUCCUACUUUGAUGACCGAUGAGGAAAUAGAUGGUCUUGAUGUUCCUGAAUAUGUGAAGAACAUGCACAAGUUAAAGAGAAUGCUUGCAUUCUCUCAAGUGAACUUGGAUAUUGCACAAAACAUUCGGGAAGAGGGCGAGAAGCUGUCUCAAGACAAUCUUCCCUGGAUGACAGUGACGAUGUUUUUAAUCCAGAGUUUUGAAUCAAAUUGACGACAUAUGCAUGCGUCAUUGGGCAGCGAAAUAGAGCGCAAACAAAGUUGAUCUUACAAUUGCACCGUUGAUGAAGCGGAAUGAAACUGUUCUUUUUAAUGAGACAAAGAAGCAGCAGGAAGAUGUUGGAAAAUGUGCUCCUGAUUCGGAUGCUGGUCUUCAUGGAGAUGAAGAGAAAGGAGGAAAUAAAGAUUAUGGAGACAAUGAUGAGAAAGAACCAAAGGAAGAUGAUAAGACGAGGAAUGCUGAUGGUAAAAGUGAUGAUGAUCAAAUUAAAGAUGGUGAUGAAGAUGAUGAUGAUGAUGAUGGUGAUGAUGAUGAUGAUGAUGAUGAUGAUGAUGAUGAUGAUGAUGAUGAUGAUGAUGAUAAGGAUGACCAGAAUGGUCAGGAUGAUAAUGAGACAAAGAAGCAGCAGGAUGAUAAUGAUGAUUCUGAUGCUGGUCUUCAUGGAGAUGAAGAGAAAGGAGGAAAUAAAGAUUAUGGUGACACUAAGUUCCUUUCAUUUUAUUGUUUUCAUUUGAUUGUUGGAGUUUUUAAUCUGGUGGAAACAUUGUUUCAGUUUGAGUGCAUUACAUUUGUUUAAAUGAAAAAGUUAAAGAGGUAACUGAAAGAAUAAAAAGACCAACUGAAAACUGUGAAACUCUAACUGAAAUAAUAUAAAUACCACCUGAAAAUUAUAUAAAUACCAAAUGAAACUAUUUAUAUUUGUUUUUAUUUGAUCUGGUGGAAACAUUGUUUCAGUUUGUCAAUGAAUUGAUUCAUUUUUGAUUUUGUGUGUUUUUCAGCUCUUGUGUAUUUAACUUGUUUUUUAUUGUUUUUGUUUUUGAAUGAGGAUGAUGAGAAAAAACCAAAGGAAGAUGAUAAGACGAGGAAUGCUGAUGGUAAAAGUGAUGAUGAUCAACUUAAAGAGGGUAAGGAUAAAGAUAAGGAUAAGGAUAAGGAUAAGGAUAAGAGUGUUACUCAUGAUUUUGGUUUGCAGAAGAGUUCUUGUGAUAAGCAGAUUGAGACUCAGGAUAUUGAUUCUACACCUAUCCCUACUCCUACUGCUGCUGUUGAAGUUGUUGAUCUUUCUACUACUCCUCCCAUUGUUGAAGUUGUUGAGAAUGUGUUCAAGAAGAGGGAUUCAACAUCUAGGGCAUCUUCUUUGUGUCACAGCUAUAGUAGAAGGUCUCCGAAAGUUGAUUCUUCUGGUAAAGGGAAAAAGAUUUAAGAUUACGUUGGCCUUCUACGUCAUCAGCGUGAUAGUGGUCAUGCUUUUAAAACCGCUGAUCCUUCAUACCCUUCAUUCCAACUAUUAACUCCGAGUCCUGUUGGUGAGGGUGUUGGAUGUGCAGACAUUGGUGAGGGUGUUGGAAGUUCAAUUCCAAUCAUCACUCCAGUUAAAGUAAAAUAUCCUCGUGUAAGUAUAGUCACUAGGGGAAAAAACAGAAAGGG